CGCCCAUGGUUUUUUUUGUGAAGUGGCAUUUGGAAUGUUGUUAGUGAGUGCGUAAAUAUACUAAUAUCAGUAGGCGUUGACGACCCUCACCGAUUACACGUAAUAGCCUCUGACGAUAUCAUGGAACGGCAUCUAACGGUGACUAAACCUAGCCGGAGCGACGAAGUUUUAGACGAAGAUCAGCAACUGCAAAUCGCCAACCAGGUCAAAGCCCUGUUCGAUGCUCAAGCACCUAAAAGACUCGCCAAACCUAACCGCAGUGAACCUGAUUCAUUCAUCCCCAUUUCCCCUUUAGAAGAUUUCACUAUUCCAGAGCUUGACAAUCUUCGAUCUCUUCAAUCUCAGGGCGGUAGUCUCUUUUCGGAAACUAAUCUCUCGGAACAAGAUGAGUUUGUGGAAACUCAGUACUAUAAUGAGUUGGUUUCCAUCGACAAACAGCAUCACACGACUGGUAGUGGGUUCAUAAAGGUGGCCAAUCAGACGAAUGGAAACAUUUACAAUUUUCAAUUGAAUGGUGGUCAUGAGAAUGGUAGAGCCAAAGAGUUCAAGACUAAUCCGGCGACAAACGACUGGAUUCCAAGCAGUGAUGAUUAUCAGGUUGGAUUCACCUCCUCAAAACCCAGCCGGAGCGAAAGUGAUUAGAUCGAAAGUCAAGAGAGCAAUCAGAUGUUGAAGGUGGUUUGUUCUGUUUUCCUGAAUUUGUUUGUUAAUCUUGACAGAUUGGAGAAAGAAACGAGAGAUGGAGGUUAUAAAGGUAGUAGGCAGUCGAUUGUUGUCCUUUUAGUCACCCGGAAGGAAGGUGUUGGAACCACCUCAUGUAUCAGAUGCUCAUUUGAGACUCGAUUUUUUUAGUGGUAUGAUUUAGGUAUUGCCUAGUUUCUUUUUAUCCAAUGUGUAUUAAAAUAUGUCGCUAUCCUUUGUUGUCUUUUGUUUCUCUGCUUUCCUAUAUUUUUUUGAGCGGACGAUCCGUUGAUCUCUAAAAAAAAAUAAAAAUAGAGUUAAGGUUUGCAUUCCCUUUUCGGACUCCAUUUUUGGGUUUAUGUAUGUUAUUGUUUAUGUUAUUUGAGUAGCGGGCUAAUGAUGUU